UUCAUAAAAUACUACAUUAUUCACCGUUUGUUAUUCCCACUUCCCCAGUUAAUCGCUGUGCGCUUUUCACUAUAAACAGGGAAACACUCCCAUCUUUGGAAUUACAGCUGUUUUGGGCUGAAUGAAUUUCUGGCAGGUAGUGCCAUUCGAAAACAAAUUUAAUUAUUGUCGAGUUAUUUUCAUUUUGUUUAAGACUUUUAUUGACAGGUUCUAAUUAAUCUUGUCUCGACAAGAAAAGGGUGUCAUAGAAGGCUUUGGGAGCGUAGCGCUAGCUACUGAAGUACACAUGUUCUACAUGAGGAUAUUUUACCCAUCUUCGGAGUGUCGAGUCUGGUGUUGAGUAAGGUCAAAAAGACCGAUAUCAGCCAAUCCACGACCGUCUGUCCUUCAUCUACAGCAUCUGGUUUUGUAUUUGGAAUCAUUCCAAGAAUUAUUAUCGAGAAGGUUUCCUGGAUCUCAUGAGUAUUUGAACGAAGCGAAAUAUCUGAUGUACAUUAUGCUUCUUCGGGGUCUAUUUUUUAUUCAAGCUGUUCAUUUUAUCGGUGCGUUUUUCUCAAGAACCACCAAUGGCAAAUAUCUCAAUGUGGAUAUUUGGAAGAGGCUCGAAUCUGUGGAUUGGUAUACCUGUGUAAUUUCUUGUGAGAGAAAUCCCGAGUGUGUAUCGUAUAAUUAUAAUACGCGCAUGCGUGUUUGCGAAUUGACCAGAUAUGGUCUUUCGGGAGAGAAUGAUUUGAUGACAUCUCCCACAUGGACAUUCCAGCAAAUUCGGCCGAGUUCAGGUCUGAUGAAAGAACAAAGAGGAAUCGAGGAUUGUGCGUGUAACUGCGGGACGGGUCAACAGUGUUCCAUAAAACCAGGACUGGGCGACACUCCGGAGCUGGCCGCUCAAUCCUGCUCAGAAAUAUUCACAAAUCGACCAGGACCUCUGCAAGAUGGACCAUACUACCUUAAGGCUAACAAGCUACCAGUCUACUGCCACAUGACGGCCAUCGACGGCUGCGAGGGCGAGGGGGGCUGGACACUAGUCAUGAAGAUCAACGGCUCAAUGGGGACUUUUGCCUACUCCUCCUCUCGAUGGAGUUCACAGUAUGAGUACAAUACCGAGGCAGGUGGAGACUUGGAUGAGACGGAGACAAGGCUUGGUACCUUUCGUUCGUUGAUCUUCCAGCAAAUCUGCCUUGGAAUGAAGACACCUGACUCGUCUUCAAUCCGCUGGAUUUCAUAUCAUCUCAGCAGUGGAGCGAAUCUCUUUGAAACGAUGAUAACCCCACAUGCUUAUGUGGACUUUGCAUCAUCAAGACCCGAAGACUGGGAAAAGCUUAUUCCUUCAGCUACGAUCAAGACAAUGGAAACAAAAGACGGUAUCAACGUUGUACCUGAUGGAGACAAUGGCGCGAAAGCGCGGAUUGGAAUUGUCGGAAAAGGAGCACAAGGGUGGGACUCGUACAUUGGAUUCGGGACUGUUGGAACGUCCGCAAACCCCACACUUUCCUGCGGGAACGUGGACGGUUCAAAACAUACACCAGCAUUCGGAUAUAUUCUUGUGAAAUAGAUAGCAUUAUACUGCACUUAGUAAGAUCGUGCCGACACGUAAAAUGAGGUAUGGGGAGUUAUACUGGCCUACACAAAAAAGCCUCUUUAAGAAUAAUUUUAAUCUGUCAAUUUAGCUGUUUGCGCACCGUGUGCCCCCCCCCCCCCCCCCCCCACCUCAUUCAUUACUGUGCGACGGUACUGAAACAACAAAACACAAUAGGUAAAGAGCACAACUUUAAUCAAAUUAAUAAUCCGAGUAUAAAACCCAACGUGUACAAAAAGUAGAAAUACAUUGACUGAACUAAAAUCCCCAA